GUAGCUAGCUUCCUCCUGUCCUAUCUGGUCUUGCCCAGGUGUCCGUUGAUCUUGCUUGGUCUUGCCCGUCCAGCUGGUCUGUUCCACUAAGGUGGUACCCGUCUGUUGUACCUUUUGUACCUUACGUAGAUGUAAUGGGGGAAGGUACAUUGCCUUGUCAGACCUUGUUAGACCCUGUUGCUGGUUCCUGAGAAUCCCGGUGUCAUACCCAAUCACAUCCCAGUGGUGACGGAAUCUCCUGCAUCACCGCAACUUUCCUUUCCAUUCAUGAAUCCAACCCGUCGUCUUCUUCUUUUUCUGGAUGCAACACUACACCAUCACAUUACAGGACUUUGUUUUUCUUUUAAACUUCUACUUGGGUUAAUUACUACUGAAAACAUUACUGAUAAUAUUGAAAGAAGAAAAAGGCCUAACGCGAUCAUCCAGUUCUCUCAUCAGUUUUUUUCUUCUUCUUUUUUUUUAGCUCGUAUCCCAACCAAGAUCCACGAUCUUAUCUUAAAUCCAAUUCCCUUUUAUUUUCCAGAUUUUCCAUUAUUUUCCAGCCGAAAUUUUAAAUCCCCCUUUCUCGUUUAUCUUGUCGUACAAACCUACCGACUUCAUCAAUAUUACCCAUUGCCUCACAUGCUCCCACUGGUGACAUCUACAACUAUAACCUUGUCACAUUGGAAAGUUGGAAAAAAUGGCACCAGGUACUAAAGGCCGCGUCGUCCAGGUUGAGGACACCAAGAUCUGCGUUGUUAUGGUCGGUUUGCCUGCGAGAGGAAAGAGUUACAUAGCACAGAAAGCCCAGCGUUACCUUCAAUGGCUCUCUAUCGACGCGAAGACAUUCAAUGUUGGUAACUACCGGCGUCAUGACGCCCCCCAACCGCCAGCCGACUUCUUUGAUACCAGCAAUAUCGAGGGAGAACGUAGACGCCGCCUCGCCGCCGAGGCCGCUAUUAAAGACAUGUUAGGAUGGUUCCGUCAGGGCGGUGUAAUUGGCAUCCUCGAUGCUACCAAUUCUACCAAGGAACGCAGAAAAUGGGUUUACGACGUGUGUACUAAAGAGGGUAUCGAAGUCCUGUUCGUCGAAUCCAAAUGCGAUAACGAGGACCUUAUCAUGGCCAACAUUCGAGACGUCAAGACUACCAGCCCCGACUACAAGGGUCAAGACCCUGAGAAGGCCGCUUUAGAUUUUCGUAAUCGGAUAAAGAAUUAUGAGAAGGUGUACAAGAGUAUAGAUGCCGAUGGCGACGAGAGCGAAUAUACCUAUCUCAAGAUUAUGAAUGUCGGGGCCCAGGUGAUCAUCAAUCGCAUACAAGACUACCUACAAAGUCGGGUAGUAUACUACCUUAUGAACCUACACAUUCGUCCGAGAUCGGUGUGGCUCUCGAGGCAUGGUGAAUCGCUAUACAACCUCUAUGGGCGAAUUGGAGGUGAUGCGGAACUGUCUCCACGAGGACACCAGUAUGCGAAGAAGCUACCGGAACUCGUUCGUCAGUCUGUCGGGGGUGAUCGUCCCCUCACAGUAUGGACUUCGACACUAAAGCGUACAAUACAAACGGCUCGUUUUCUACCCGAUAAUUAUAACCAGCUCCAGUGGAAAGCAUUGGACGAGCUUGACGCAGGUGUUUGCGACGGUAUGACCUACCAAGAGAUCAAGGACGUCUACCCCGAGGACUUUGUAGCGCGUGACGAAGACAAAUACAACUACCGCUACCGGGGCGGCGAAUCAUACCGCGACGUUGUUAUCCGUCUUGAACCUAUUAUAAUGGAGCUUGAACGAUCUGAGGACAUCCUCAUUGUUACCCACCAAGCCAUCCUGCGCUGUAUAUAUGCGUAUUUCAUGAAGAAGGAUCAGUCUCUCAGUCCCUGGAUGAAUGUCCCGCUUCACUGCCUUAUUAAGCUCACCCCGCGUGCCUAUGGUACCGACGAGGAAAGAUAUCAGGCUGAUAUCCCCGCUGUUAGCACGUGGAGAGGUAAGGGAAGUACCGCUAAGCACGAAGACCCUAUACCAGAGUCAAAUUUGGGUUACAACUCGACGGCGGCAGUUCACUAAGAGAGGAUCCUGCCCUGAUUGGUACAAUUGGCUAUUAUGACUAUGAUGAAAAUAAGAUGUUGGUAACUUGGAGCAGGAUAACGACUACUGCUAGAGAAUCCAGUGGGCUGGUACAGAGGGGCGCAUUAACGGAUAAACUUUACAUUGCUACGGUCCUUGUUUUGAUAACCGGCUUUGUGGAUAAAAAGGAACCGCCGCAUAUUAAUAUACAUAGAGUGGGGGUUGGGUUGUUUGCAUGAAAUACAUGUCCGGUGUUGUAAAUAUAUUUACAUGCCUUUCUACAUACCUAUUCCAUAGGCACUGGACUUUUGAUCAAGGUCAAAGAAAAAAAAAAACAAGUUAACAUUUUUACUUUUUUUCGAUUUU